AUGUCCAGUCAUGUGCCCGCCGUAACCGCCCCUACACCCUCCACAGUCAGCGAAAACUCGGCGUCCAAAGACUCUCAUAGCUCCCCAAUGCCCGAAUCAAAGCCGGUCUCCGUGAAUCGCAAGAAACAGAAGCGAAGAGAAAAGGCAGCUCGUUUAGCGGCGCAGCGUCAAGCAGCAAACGGACAUGCGCCGAGUGACACAUUGGACGUAAACGGCUCCAGUUCAACGGUGCUCGAUAACGACGUAUCGCAUGAGCAAAGCGGCGGCGGUUAUGAUGACAAAAGCGAGAAAGUACUGAACGGACAUGGACACAACACCCAGGAGCUCCCGCAUCCGUCCGAACAUGAUCCACAAGGAACAACUAGUCGAAAAUCCAAAAAGAAACGAGGGAAGAAGGGCCGUAAUGGAUCGCAAGCAAGCUCAACGCCGAUGUCGACUCCUUCAAUAUCGCUCUCCAACGCUCCACGCCCACCUUUAUCGUCGCAUUUCGGUUCCCAAUCCUCCUCGAAGUUGUUGAAAGAACGCAGCAUCUGGAACACUUCAACGCAAGAAGAACGAGAAAAUAUCAAGACCUUCUGGCUUGAGUUAGGCGAGGAGGAGCGGCGCCAGCUCGUCAAGGUGGAAAAGGAUGCGGUAUUGAAAAAGAUGAAGGAGCAGCAGAAACAUUCGUGCAGCUGUACUGUAUGCGGCAGGAAACGGACAGCAAUUGAGGAGGAGCUCGAAGUUCUCUACGACGCCUAUUACGACGAGCUUGAACAGUACGCCAACAACACCCAGGGAUCAUUCGAACGAGGACCGGCGAUACUCCCACCACCCGGACUGUACCAACCGCCGCUGCGGUCUCCUGGCCAACAUACCCACACACAUGGCCAAUUCCAUCCCUCACGAGGUCGAAUCCACGAGCCCGAAGAUGAUGAAGACUUAGAGGAGGACUAUGACGAGGAUGAAGAGGACGAUGAGCCAUAUAGCGAUGAGGAGUACGAAGAUGACGAAGGAAGUGCUGCGCGCGCUGACUUUUUCGCGUUUGGCAAUAGUCUGACUGUCAAAGUUGCAGACGACCUAUUAAAAAACGACGGAAAGCACUUCAUCGAUAUGAUGGAGCAAUUGGCGGAGCGGCGCAUGCAGCGCGAGGAGGACACGCAAUACGGCAUAGCAGCAGCACACCAAUCUCUUCACAGCAGUCAUAACCAUGGUCCGCUAGAUGACGAGGAUUACGACGACGAGGAGGAUGAGGACUACGAUAGUCAGGAGGAGGAAGAAUACGAGGAAGACGAAAUGGACGCCAUGACGGAAGAACAGCGCAUGGAGGAGGGCCGACGCAUGUUUCAGAUAUUUGCAGCUCGAAUGUUUGAGCAGCGGGUGUUGACAGCCUAUCGCGAGAAAGUAGCUGAACAGCGCCAGCAGAAGCUUAUUGAAGAGCUCCUUGAAGAGGAGAACUUAAACGAGCAGCGCAACGCCAAGAAAGCUAGGGAAGCCCAGAAACGAAAAGACAAGAAGAGACUCGCCAAGUUAGCAAAGGAUGAAGAAAAGGCUCGAAGAGAGGCGCAGAAGGCUGCAGAGGAAGCUGCCGCUAAAGCUGAGCAGGAGAGGAAGCUCGAGGAACAACGGAAAAAGAAGGAGGAGCAACGGAAGAAGCGGGAAGCUGAACGGAAAGCGCAGGAAGAAGAGCGUGCUCGUAAAGAAGCUGAAAAGCACAAACGUCUGCGAGAGGAACGAGAAAGGCAAGAGGAAGCUGAACGGAGGCAGCGUGAACAGAAGGAGCAGGAGAAGAAGCGACGAGAGGAGGCUAAACGAAAGGAGCGUGAGGAGCGAGAAUUGAGAGAGCAAAAAGCCAAGCAGGAACGAGAGCGUAAAGCUCAAGAUGAGCAGUCGAGGAGGGAACGGGAACGAGUUGCGCAGGAACAAGCCAAGCGGGCGCCGAACUUGCAGCCUGUGUCUCCUGUGUCCCCUCCUCCGGAGUCUGCGACGCCUGUGGUUUCUAAAGCUCCAACGCCCGCUAAAGGCCGACGCCCUUCUCAGCAGGGGUCACAUAGCUCGUCUCCACGCUCCCAAUCAGCCAGCGCAGAGGCGUCCCAGGUGUCUCCGCGGUCCGCUCCUCUAUCGCAAUCAUCGGGGUCAUCUAUUCCCAAAUACGGCUCUGGUCAUCCCAUUCUCCAUCCUCAUCCAGGAGCUCCUAUGUCUCCUUUGGGUCGAACGCAUCCUCCUGGGCUUUCUCCAUCCAAUCCUCCAGGGCUGUCGGGCUUAGUUCCGCGACCUCCAAUGGGCCAUGAGUUACCCACAUAUCCUCCACAUUCAAGUCCCUACAUGAACCAGCUCCGGGGAUUUCCCGCCCCCAAUGGUAUUCCUGUACUUCCAGGGAUGAACGGCACACGCCCAAUGCCCCCAGGUCGAGGAUUCCCUCUUGAUGCGCCCGGUAUUCCUUUCCAUGCCCAGCCGCCAUUCUCUGGUAUCUUCUCACCGCAGCCAAGUGGCUUGCCGCAUGGCCAUUCAAGGCAGCCGUCGAAUUCCUUUGAACGAUCUCCUCUUGACACGAGCGCUCAGCCAUUCCCAAUAUCCCGACCUAGCCCUAUCAAACGCCCACCUAGUACUCAACAGGAACAGCGCAACUCUCGGCGGGAUGUGGACGAUCUCAGCGCACAACUGGGUAGCAGUGCACUGCUCGAUGACUCCGACGUUCCCCUCACUUCUUCACAACUUUCUCAAUCCCUUCCUGGAACAACGCCCGCCCCUGUAAUGCCAGGUCCUGCACGAGCCAGCUUUGCCGGCUCCUCACUAUUCCCGGAUCCUCUUAGUGUGGCCAAGCAUGCCAAUUUCCCCGUCAGUCCUGUUAUAGGCGGCAGCACGUGGGGUGCCCAGAUGCCCUUCGGAGCCCCGUUCCCGGGCGGUCCAACAUGGGGAUACACGCCAGCCAAUAACAACGCUUUUGGUGCUGGCAUCCAUCAUCGCGCACACACGUCUCGGCCUGUUGCGAUUCGACUUCUUGUAAUUCAGGCCUGCAAGCAAUUGAGUACCAUGAGCCCUUCUAAGGAUUCAGGCGGGUAUCACGAUGUUAAUGCGGUUCUCCGCCAAGUUGAGCAACUACGACCAUCGAAUGAGCCUUCCAUAUCUCUCAAGGAGAUGCUUGACAUUUGUGAUACCGAGGGAAACGCGCAAAAUGGCGGCGGGACAUUCUCAAUCAAGAGCGGCCAGACAGGCGAGCUCGUCAAGUUUGAGCCUGACGCCGUUAGCACAACCACGGGCCACCGCGGCAGCAUUGUCCCCGGCGAGAUCGGAAGUCCCAUUCCUAGCAGUACCAUGCCGGCUCUUGGAGGAAUCGGCCUUGGUACACCCCCUUCCUCUGCUCUUCGGCAAUUUUCUUCUCCAACCACGGGUUUCUAG